AUGAAUUUCGUCUUUAAGAACCUGCUUGGUGCACCGUAUCGGGGAGGGACCCUAGUAAUUCACAAUAAUGAAUUAUUCAUACCUGUCGGAAACCGAGUAGGCCAGGUCAGCCUGACGGAAUCCACCACCCAUUGCUUCCCCUUCGAGAACCUGACGCAGAUUCGGGUAAUCUGUCUUAGUCCUGUUGGAGGGCUGCUUCUGUCCGUUGACAAGGAUGGCCGCGCUCUGCUAAUCAACUGGAAGCGGAAGGUCCUUCUGCACCACUUCUCCUUCAAGGGCCCGGUGGCCUGUGCCAAGUUCAGCCCUGACGGCAGUUACCUUGCGGUUGGAGUGGGCCGGCUGGUGCAGGUGUGGCUGAGCCCCUCCCUGGACAAACAGAUUAACCCCAUGCAGCUGUACCGCACGUACGGCCAGUGCCAUUCGGACGUACUGGAUCUAGACUGGAGCCCGCCGUGCCAGGGCUCCCCCGCCUCGGGGCCGCCACUGUACUUCAUUGCAGCUGGGUGUCGCGAUGGCACGCUGCGUGUGUUUUCUCUGGAUCCAAUCCCCGGCUACGAUCCCCCGUGUCUGGGGGGCCACAAGGACGGAGUGCUGGGUGUCAUGUUCGCCAGCGAGGAGAUGCGGUCUAGAAGCGGGUCCUCCCGCCUCCCGCUCCCCCCUGGCGGCCCCCUGAUGUACUCCGUGUCGGCGGAUGGAGCGCUGCAUUGCUGGACGUACGGGGCCCCCGAAACCGCCGCCGCCGCCGGCAACCCAUUUGGGAACUUGGAACAUCACGUGGCGGCGAGGCGAAGGGCGGCGGUGCUGCAGAGGCGGCAGGGGGAACAGUCCGUGGAGCUGUCUGGAGGACAACAGCGGCAGGAGGGGGAGGAGAGGGGAGAGGAAGAGGAGGAGGGGGAGCGGGAGAGGAAGCGGAGGCGGCAAGGCGGCGGCAAAUGGUACCUCUCCGCGAAGCAUUACGUGGCCGCCAGCGCGGCCGCCCGCGUCACCUGCUGCUCACUCCACCCGCCCAGCGGGACCCUGGCGCUGGGGUUCAGUACGGGGCUGUUCGAGGUGCACCAGCUGGUUCCGGAGCCCACCCGGCUGCACACCCUGUCCAUAAGCCGGGAGAGGAUCACCUCGCUGUCGUUCAACCACACGGGUGACUGGCUGGCGGUUGGUUGCGCCCGCUUGGGUCAGUUGUUGGUUUGGGAGUGGCGCAGUGAGAGCUACGUGCUCAAGCAGCAGGCGCACCAGCAGGACCUCACCGCGGCGGCCUUCUCACCGGAUGGGGCCAUGAUUGCUACGGGGGGGGAGGACUGCAAGGUCAAGGUGUUUCAGCAAUCCACGGGAUUUUGUUUCGUGACGUUUUCGGAGCACACCGCGCCGGUGACGGCGGUCACCUUCUUACCGUCGGGUGCCGUACUGCUUUCGGCCUCCCUGGACGGCUCUGUACGGGCGUGGGACCUGGUGCGAUACCGCAACUUCCGUACAUUGACGUCACCGACACCUGCGCAGUACGGCAGUCUGGCUGUGGAUCCUGGCGGCGAGGUGGUGGUGGCGGGUGCAGUGGACACUUUUCAGAUUUACGUGUGGUCUCUGAGGACGGGUCGUCUGCUGGACGUCCUAUCAGGUCACGAGGGCCCUAUCACCGGGCUGGCCUUCUCACCCGUAACCUCCCUACUAGCAUCGGCGUCAUGGGACCGUACUGUACGGAUGUGGGAUGUGUACGACAGCGGUGGUUCCGGAUCCAGCGAUGUCCUGGAUCACCGUCACGACGUGUUGGCAAUUGCCAUGCGGGCGGAUGGGCGGCAGCUGGCGGCGGCGACUGCGGACGGAUCCAUAUACCUUUGGGACCCCGUGGAGGGGGAGCUGCAGGGCACCAUUGAGGGACGUCGGGACAUUCGGGGGCCCCGGCUGGCAUCCGACCGCCGUACAGCCGCUAACUCCUCGGCGGGUGCGGCCUUCACCUCGCUGUCGUACUCGGCGGAUGGCGCCUGGCUGUUGGCGGGAGGAAGGGCCAAAUAUAUUUGUGUGUACGACGUGAAGGAGCGGCUAUUGCUUCGCCGCAUUCAGUUGUCCCACAACCGCUCUCUGGACGGCGUGUUGGACUGCCUCAACACCAAGGACAUGACGGAUGCGGGACCGCUACAACUCAUAAACCGGGAUGACCUGGACGAGGCCCUGGACCUGAUGCCGCCCGCCACCGACCUGGCAGCAACGGCAGACCUGACAGGAACUGCCACCGGCAAGCGACCCGCACUUCGUUGCCGCUGCGUCGCGCUCUCCCCCACCGGCCGCGCCUGGGCCGCCGCCACAACGGAAGGCCUUAUCCUGUACGGCACUGACGAGGGGCUGAUAUUUGACCCGACGGAUCUUGAACAAGAUGUGACGCCGGGUGCCGUACAUUCAUCACUCGCCGCAGGUGCGCACCUGCGCGCGCUGCUGAUUGCAUUGCGACUCGGCGACCAGGAGCUUGUACGGCACGUGUUGCUGAUGACACCGCCGGGUGCCGUAAAGACAACGGUGGCAGGGCUUCCUGCCGUGUUUGUUCCUGCGAUGCUGGGCACGCUGGCGGAGUGUGCGGCGCAGUGUCCUCACGUGGAGUUUGUACUGGCAUGGAUUCGUACAUUGUGUACGGCACAUGGGCCCGGCGGAGCCCCCGCAGCAGCGGCACUGAUGGCCGUACUCCGUUCCUUACAGAAAGUCUUUGGGAGUUUGCACGGGGCCUUGUCGGCGGCAGCGGAGAGCAACAUGUACUCCCUGGAGUAUCUCACGACGAUGUCGAUGUCUUCAGCAGCCCCCACCGCCGCCAUUAGAGAGACGGGUGAUGAUGGGGGUGAUGUGUGGAGGGUUUGA